UCUAAUCCGCGAAUUGAGAGCCAUUCAGUUGAUCGACUUUUUCGCAACACGAUGCCUUACAAUUUUGAAGAAUACAGCGAGUGCGGCCACGUAGAGGGCACGAUUGCCCACGUUGUGGAUCUUCGAAGUGACACCAUUACUAAACCUACGGUGGAAAUGCGGAAAGCCAUGGCCGUCGCAGAAGUUGGAGAUGACGUUUUCGGCGAAGAUCCUACGGUCAAUGAGCUGGAAAGAAGAUCUGCUGAACUUAUGGGGAAGGAAGACGGCAUUUUUCUAUCCAGUGGAACCAUGUGCAACAUAAUUGCUGUUAUGGUGCACUGUAAUAAGCGAAGUGUCGAAUUUAUAGCUGGAGAUAAGAGCCAUCUUCACUUAUUUGAGCAAGGUGGUCCCGCAGUGUUAGCUGGAGUUCAAUCCUCCAUAGUUACCAACAAUCCGGAUGGGACGUUUUCCUUGGAAGAAAUGGAAUCGAAAAUUAGAACCAGUAAUGAUAGCCAUGAAACAUCGACUGCUCUAAUUGUCGUAGAAAAUACGCACAAUCUGUGCGGAGGAAGGGUUCUUCCAUUGGAAUGGCUUGACAAGCUUGCCAAAAUUGCUGCGAACUACAAUCUACCACUCCACAUGGACGGUGCGCGUAUAAUGAACGCGGUGGUGAAGAGCAAAGUGUCUGCGAAACGUAUCGCACGCGACAUGGAUUCUGUCUGCUUCUGCUUGAGUAAAGGUUUGUCAUGUCCAGUUGGUUCGGUCCUGUGCGGCAGCAAAAGCUUCAUCAAACAAGCCAGGCGUUUCCGAAAACUGUUGGGUGGCGGAAUGAGACAAGUUGGUAUUUUGGCAGCGGCCGGCUUGGUUGCCUUAGACGAAAUGAUCGAUCGCCUUCACAUCGAUCACGACCACGCUUAUAAGGUCGCUAAAGCCAUUAGCGAUUUGGACUCGGAUAUCGUCCGCGUAGACCUCUCCGCUGUAGAAACCAACAUCGUCAACAUACACUUGGAUACUGCGAAGAUUUCUUCAAAGGCUUUCUUGGAACAGCUGGCCAAGAUCACAAAGACAGAAGAAGUCAGCGUGAAGGCUCUCUCCUUUUCACCAUCCAGUAUUCGUUUAGUGUUCCACUGGGAAAUUAGCCAUAAUGAUGUAGCGGGAGUAAUUCGCAAGAUGAGAUUCGUGAUCAAGGGACUUCACGUUGGUCGUUACAUCAAGUAGACGCGAAGAAUUAGUUCCAGAAUGGACACCAGUAUUGCAUUUAUAACUUUGUUUUUAUCUUAACGUAUAUUUACUUCAGUGAAGGUUCUUUCAAUAUUUAUAUAAGUGUGUUAUCACCAUGUUUAGUCAAUUCUUAAAUAAAAUAACAUUAUAGUCGCA